CAUCUAAUGAACAAUCUACUUCGGUGCUACUUGUGCUCUAUCUACCCAUACGCUUACUGCGCUACCUGAAUAUCUACCCAAGAUGUGGGGAAGCAGGGCCAUUGGGUUGUUCCCCUAUGUCCGCACACCUAACAUCUUCAACUCCUGGAUUAUCACACAGUCUAGUUCGAUUAAUGUCUCAUCGACGACAAUAUUACAAAAAAUUGAUUAGGCCUGACCACUAAAGCAUAAGGACCUAUGAUUUCAUGACCCCCAACGAUUCGGAGCUAUAUCGACUAUUGCAUUCCAACAACGUUGUAACCAUGCCUCAGCAACCCUCGGCGUCUCAGAGGAAACCCAGGAGAUUUCAACCCGAGCUUGUCGAAACCUCAUCACGCAGCUCCAGGGAAGUUCGAACAAAAAGCCAACCUACACAAGCCCAACUAGAUGGCCGGAGGUGCUCAGAUGGUCAGUACAUGAAGCAGGUAUCCAGGGAGGACCCUAUGGUAUUCUAUGACGACAGAGAAGGACAAGAUGCCGAACCCAUUGAUGCUAUGCAAACGACCAUGUGCGCAGGAAGCGAACGAGCAGCGGGGCCACAUAAACCGACCGAGCAAAGAUUAAAAGUUACGGCCAGAGUCGGCAGGCACUCUUCAAUCGGGCCUACGGAAAUAGAACCUGAUAGAUUUGACGCCGCGAAACAUAUAAGGCUUAGGAAAUUCGCACCACAGCUCAUGGAAACAGGCACAAGAUCUUUCCGCCGAAUGAAUACAUCUCAUACCACCCUUCAGGAAGGACGCAACGCAUUGGUAAUGGGAGAAAUUCCAACCACUGUCACCGCGGUCAAUGAUGCACAUACUCACAGGCACGUGGCCCAUGAAUCUCGUUUUUCGUACAUGAAUCUGCGCCGGCGGCAAGAGACGAGGAGGCACUCGUUCCGAAUCCCUGACCUUCCUGCAAUUCCUUCUACUUGUAGCGAGACAUCCGAUACGUCUGAUAAUCCGUCGGCAUCUGCAUCGCCUGGUAGAAUGGAGCAGGACACCUGUGCCGAUAUUAAAACACGAGGGAGCUCCGAAGACGAAAAUACAGAAUACCUUUCCGCUCUCGCAGCUAUCACAGUAGAGAAACAGCUUAAAGAACAAGCCCUGGCAGCUUUUCCGAACGAACAAGAUCAUCAGCCCGUCGAUCACUUUGCUAUUGACCGAGAAGAGGAAGAGUUCAUGAAUAAUGAACGACCGACCUCUCACGUGGAAAUUCCCCCCAAAUACAUCCAUCGACGAACAUCAUCGGCAGAUCUUUCAUGGGAGCUGGACUAUAUGCGCAGACAUAAAGAAGAAGCUGAGAUGAGUGAUCGUGCAAUGGCUCGAACCAGAGGUCCACCAUUCUUAUCACCGAAUGAAUUUACCUCGCUUGGAUCCAGGAGGCCAGCGAGACACCAUGAUAAUCGAGUUAGGGGUCGUGAUCCUGAACCAACCAAAAACAAUGCUACCCCGCCGAUGCUCGGAGAGGAUCUCAUCUUCCCUCAAAGCCUGUCUCCCGAGUCAACAGUAUGCGAGGGUAGCAAUAUUCAACACAACGUCACGCGCAAUAGACUUUGUGUAUUCUCUGGACUUUGGUAUGGGGGUCCUCAUGUCAAUGAUAGGUCCAACAAUGGCGGUCUUUGGAAAGGUACCUGCAAAACUUCAAGUUCGCAAGAAAGACAAUCACCGCGGUGUUCAAUUGCAGCCCCCAUUGCACAGACAUACACAUCUUUCACCCUUCAGCCGACCGAUGCAAGUCGCCCAACAGAUAAGAAUCAAUUCCUCGAACCCAGUCCAUGGAUCCUGCCUACGACUCACUAUAAUCUACAACAAGACUUCCAUGACGAGUCUCUCGGACUGGAAUUGCAAGACGGUUUAGUUACUCAGAUAUACAAUUAUCUUUCGCUUGGUUAUCCCUGCGUUGCCCGAUAUUUUGACCACGAACUCAGCAGGAUCUCUGGUAUAUCGGUGGCAAAUUUAAGGCAGGAUGAUUUGAAAACAGAUGCGAAGGGCCACGUCGGUGUUUCGGACAGUCCUUCGAUAGGGGAAGACAUCUCAACACGCGCCUGCAUGCGCUGGAAGGCUCUACAACUGUACAUAUUCGAUUGGGCACGCGAGCGGCAUCGCGUCGGAUUUAGUGACAUGGAUGGAGAACAUGGAGCAUGGGGCGUAUGUGAACGCAAAGGAAGUUGGGCUGUUUGAAAUAAUGCAGCAAAUUUAGCCUAGCGCUCGCUGACCCGGUACACAUGACGCAGUCUUGAGCUUUCCGCUUAGGUGACGGGACACGAACUGAGCUCAAGCUGAUUUCCUGAAUAUGGUUGGUUGU